ACUGUCCCUUCGUCAUCGAAAUUAAGAUUGAAUGUAGACACUUUGCUUUCGUAAGUGAAGGGAAGGCGAUAUGUAAUCUUAACUCAAAAAAAGAAAACGGAAGAAAUGGAGAAAAAAAACGCUUCCAAAAUUAGAUUACAGGCAUGCAAAGCGUUGGUGCAUCAAAAUUGAACGACCGUUGGAAGACUGGUUCCAAUAAAGCCAAUAUGGAGGAAGUGUCGGGUCGAUAUUGUCAAGUCGUAGUUUUCGUUUUAUUUUUGCUUGUGGAGGGACAAAUGUUUAGAUAUGGUGACGCAUCAACCCCCAAGGGUCUUCCAAUAGUGAUCAAUACAUGGCCUUUUACAAAUGCAACAGCUGAAGCUUGGCAUGUUAUUUCAAGUGAUGAAGGAAGUGCACUGGAUGCAGUUGAAUCUGGUUGCACAGUGUGUGAAAUGGAACAAUGUGAUGGCACUGUAGGGUUUGGUGGAAGCCCUAAUGAAGAUGGAGAAACAACAUUAGAUGCCAUGAUUAUGGAUGGCCUUACACAUAAUGUUGGAGCUGUUGGUUGUCUGAAGAGAGUGAAAAGAGCCAUUUCAGUUGCACGCAGUGUUAUGGAACACACCUCAGAGACAUUUUUGGUAGGAGAUGAUGCAACCCAGUUUGCAGUCCAGAUGGGAUUUAAAAGUGAAGACUUACACACUAAUCACUCAUGGCAGAUGUGGAAAGACUGGAAAAAGAAUAAUUGCCAACCUAACUUUUGGAAGGAUGUGGUCCCUGACCCUGAUCAGUCAUGUGGUCCUUACAAACCUGCAUCAAGGGAACGGAAAAGUUUAAGGCCGACCUCACAUUCAGACAUUGGGCGGCAAAAUCAUGAUACAAUUGGUAUGAUUGUUGUGGAUAGAGUUGGGAACAUUGCUGCAGGAACAAGUACAAAUGGAGCAAAUCACAAGAUUCCUGGUCGUGUGGGAGACUCGCCCAUUGCUGGAGCUGGAGCAUAUGUUGAUAAUGAGGUAGGCGGUGCUGCUGCGACAGGUGAUGGAGAUAUCAUGAUGCGAUUUCUUCCGAGUUUCCAGGCAGUAGAGUUCAUGCGUCAAGGUAAAAGUCCAACGGAAGCAGCAACAAUGGCUCUAACACGAAUAGCAAAAUAUUACCCAAAGUACAGUGGGGGCUUGGUAGUAGUCAACAAGGAUGGCGAGUUUGGUGCCGCUGCACAUGGGUGGACAUUCUUUAAGUAUUCUGUUUGCAAUCCACAGUUAGGAAAAGUUACUGUUUAUUCAGUUCAACCUAUCAAUAGCACACUUGUUUAAUUGAUACGUUUCUUCUUCCUUUGAAUAAAGCAAUUUUUGUUUGAUAACUUUUAUUUUACUUUUACACCAAAGUUGACCGAAAAACGUAAUUUUAAACCUGCUAAGAGCAAGGGAGAUUCUGAAUUUGAACGGAGUUAUUUUCAAUACGGAAGUAUACAUUGCAUGCUGUACUUGCUAAACCCUGCAUGUUACAAGGGUGGAAUAAAUCCCGUUUAGUGACGAAAAUGUUUUAGACUAGAGCAUUACAUUUGUAUUUUUUGAAGUGUUGUAAAUUUUGAAGCCACAAGGUUGGGUUAAAUCUUAAUGACAACAAAUACCACAAAUAGGAAUUUAAUAUCUUUUGAUAAAAAAAAAAUUAUGUAAACGGACGAAGAGGUAAUUAAAGAGUUUAAUGGACUCCAGUGAAA